GGUUGGGGGAGGGUGGUCUAGGAAUUAGGAGAUUCCCGUGUACGAAACAAGGUUGUGCCACAGGCUGGGGCUCGUGUCUGUGUGAAUGACGAUUACCUCCUCCUCCUCCGUUUCCCACUACGUUGGCGUCACGACACCAGACCAUAGGCUGGGGAAGAGAAGUGGCGAUGUGGAAACACGUGUGCGAUUCGCUCCCUUAACAAAUGGAAGGUCUGGCUAGCCCAGCUGUCUGAGCUCACCGCCGAGAGCAAGUUUGGCCCGUUUCUGUGAGUGUAACUUUCCAGAUAUUCGGAGCGCUAAAUCUAUUGCAUACUUUAAGCUAGGCUGCCUACUUGGAAAGGGAUACCGGUUUCGUCUGAUAGCUACCCAAGCUGGUUGGUUGCCUUGCUAGCUUAGACAAGGGACGAAGACCUCUCUGAAGACGACACGACACUUGCUCGUACACAGGAUGCUAAGGUUGGUGGCAAUAUAAGGAACUGUUUGUAACGAACUGGAGAGCUGUCUUCUCAGCUUCCCUUAAUGGAUGACUCGUGGUUCUGUGUCCUGUGAACCUUUCAGCCACAGAACAGCGAGAAGCCAGCAGGAGUCCGGCGUGGGGGGGGGAUCUGGGAAGGUCUUUUUUUUUGCGUGAGCUUGCGCAAUGACUGACCCCAUGAUGGACUUCUUCGACGACCCCAACUUGUUUGGGGGCGGGCUGGAGGCGCUCUCGGACGAGAGCUUCGCCUCGGGCCCCGUGUCCCUGGUGGACGAGCUGAACCUGAGCGUGGAGUUCGAGCCCCUGCAGGUGGAGCCCCUGGGCAUGGCGAAACACCCCGGCCUGGGCCCCGCCACCUCCCAGCAGGGCCUGACCUUCGAGCAGCAGAUCAGCCAUUUCGAGGCCAUGAAGGCCCCUCAUCCAAUCGGACAGCCUUUCCCCGCCUCCGAGGGCGGGGCCGUCGGCGGCGGCGGAGGCGUGCUGUCCCAGCAUGCCCAGUUCCACAGCUCCCCUGCCCAGCAGGCGCCCCAAUCCAACGGGCUCUUCCCCGACAGCAGCCCCAUGUGGGGCAACCAGGACCAGAACGGCAAUUCCUUUCACCAGCUGCCGCCGCCGCAGCAGCCCGGUCAGCACCAUCAGCACCUUAACCAGCACCACCACCGGCCCCACCACCUGCAGCAGCAGCAGCCCCCGCCGCACGUGGGCCCCCAGCCCCAGGCCCUGCACCCGCACAGCAAGGCCUUUCCGGAGCACCACGAGUUUGACUUUUACCAGGGAAGCCUGGCCCCCAAGCAGCAGCUCCAGCAGCAGCAGCGGCAGCCCAGCCCCCACGGCCUGCCCCGUUCCCUGCCGCUGACCGCUGGCGGGAGCCGCAAUGGCAGCCCUUUCCACCAAGGGGGAGCCGCUAACGCCAUGGCCCAGCCCCCCAAGGCCUAUCUGGACGCCCACAGCCACAGCGCCUCCUUUCCGGGUGGCUCCCAGCAGCAGCAGGGCCGGAUGCUGAGCUGUCAGGGGGCUCAGAAGUUCCCCGGUCCCGCGGAGGACGUGACCGUUUUGCCGUUUUCCCGCUCGCCGGCGCUGUCCUCCUGCUCCGUCACCUCCGGCGCCGCCUACCCUCCGCCCCAGUACUCCUUCCCGGGACAGCCGGCGAUGGGCACCGGCGACCCCCGAACUCCGGCCCCGGCGCCCCCCGGUCCCGCCAAGGCCUCCGCCCUGCACGCGCCCACCAUGCCGGACUUCUCGGGGGCGGGCGACGCCUUCUCGCUGCUCCCCGCGUUGGGCCAGCCGCAGGAGCAGCAGGGGCCCGGGAGCCAGGCGGGGAAGUGCCCGUUCCAGGCCCUGCACCACCCCAGGCCAGCUCAGGGAACCUACAGCAGCCCCGCCAUCUUCUCCCCGGACAUGGGCUGCUACUCCGGAGCCGUGAGCCAGCACCCCUCCGCCCAGCAGGGCGUCUGCCAGACGGCCGCCGCGCCGCCGGUAACCGCCGGCAACGGCUACCCGGCCCUGGACGAGAACCUCCUGCAGCAAGUGGGAGGUCACGGCGGGGCGUUUGGGGAGCUGGAGGCCCCCGACCUCCUGGGGGACGACCUGCUGCCUCAGCUGGAGGCCGCCCUGAGCCAGGGGACCCCCCUGGAGCACCGGGACGACUCCAACUGCUCCUGGGCCAACGGCAACCAGGACGAGGACGAGGACAGCUCCUUCUCUGUGACCUACGAGGCGCAGCAGCCCCGUAAGAACACUAAUGGUUCCAGCAGCCACCCACGGGUCCUCAGCCCUACCAUGAAGAGCAGCUCGUCUUCCUCUUCGUCCUCCUCCUCCUCGUCCUCCUCCUCCUCCUCCUCCUCAGAGAGGAGGCUGCAGAGGAAGCAGCUGAUGGAGCCGCUGCUGGAGGACAAGCAGGAGAAGGCCAACCGCAUCAUCUCGGAGGCCAUCGCCAGGGCGCGGCAGCGCGGGGAGCAGAACAUCCCGCGGGUCAUGAGCCCCGAGAGCUUCCCCAGCUCCUCCGAGCGCCGCGGCCGCCGCGGCAACAAGGCCCGCCAAGGCAAGGGCAAGGCCUCCAAGAAGGCCAGGAUCGUGGCCUCCAAGCAGCCCAAACAGAAGCCCAAGAUCGGGAAAAUCGUCAUCAAGCUGGGCAAGAGGAAGAAGCGGAAGAACGAGUCUUCAGAGGAGCCGUCGGACGACGAGCCGCCGCCGCGCCGGUCCUCCAGAGAGGACGAUUCGAAGAGAAGAUCCAACCGGCAGGUGAAGAGGAAGAAGUACGUGGAGGAUGGGGAGUCCCGGGUGUCGGACGAGGAGGCGCGGGUGAUCGUCAAGGCGAAGAAGCCCAAAAGCGCCCCCGGCCGCAAGGGCCCGUCCGCUCAGCUGUUUGUGGAGAACCCCAGUGAGGAAGAUGCUGCCGUCGUUGAUAAAAUCAUGGCGUCCCGUGUGCUGAAGAACGAGGUCUCUCCUGGAGUCGUGGUUGAAGUGGAGGAGUUCUUCGUGAAAUACAAAAACUACUCCUACCUGCACUGCGAGUGGGCCACUGAGCAGCGUCUGGUGAGGGACAAGAGGAUCCAGCAGAAGAUCAAACGCUUCAAGAUCAAACAGGCGCAGAGGGCGCACUUCUUCGCCGACAUAGAGGAGGAUCCCUUUAACCCUGAUUAUGUGGAGGUGGACAGGGUUCUGGAAGUGUCAUGCUGUGAAGACAAGGACACUGGAGAGCCGGUGGUGUAUUACCUGGUGAAGUGGUGCUCCCUGCCCUACGAGGACAGCACUUGGGAGCUGAAGGAGGAUGUGGACCAGCUGAAGGUGGAGGAGUUUCAGCAGCUGCAGGCCAUCCGGCCCGACCUGCGCAGAGUGGAGCGACCCCCAGCCAGCCACUGGAAGAAGAGGGAGCAUUCCCGGGAAUACUGCAACGGCAACAGCCUCAGGGACUACCAGCUGGAGGGAGUCAACUGGCUGCUCUUCAACUGGUAUAACAGACGGAACUGCAUCCUGGCUGAUGAGAUGGGCCUGGGAAAAACCAUCCAGUCCAUCACCUUCCUGGAGGAGAUCCACCGGACGGGGGUCCGCGGGCCCUUCCUCAUCAUCGCCCCGCUCUCCACCAUCGCCAACUGGGAGCGCGAGUUCCGCACCUGGACGCAGCCCAACGUCAUCGUGUACCACGGCAGCGGGGUCAGCCGCCAGAUGCUGCAGCAGUACGAGAUGUACUUCAGAGACACACAGGGACGCCCGAUCCACGGAGCCUACAAGUUCCAGGCCGUCAUCACCACCUUCGAGAUGAUCCUGGGCGGCUGCCCCGAGCUGAACGCCAUCGAGUGGCGCUGCGUGAUCAUCGACGAGGCGCACCGCCUCAAGAACAAGAACUGCAAGCUGCUGGAGGGCUUCAAGCUGAUGAGCCUGGAGCACAAGGUGCUGUUGACGGGCACUCCCCUGCAGAACACGGUGGAGGAGCUCUUCAGCCUGCUCCACUUCCUGGAGCCGUCCCGCUUCCCCUCGGAGAACACCUUCCUCCAGGAGUUUGGGGACCUGAAGACCGAGGAGCAGGUCCAGAAGCUCCAGGCCAUACUGAAGCCCAUGAUGCUCAGGAGGCUGAAGGAGGACGUGGAGAAGAAGCUUGCCCCCAAAGAGGAGACCAUCGUGGAGGUGGAGCUCACCAACAUCCAGAAGAAGUACUACCGCGCCAUCCUGGAGAAGAACUUCUCCUUCCUGGCCAAGGGAGCGGGCCAGGCCAACGUGCCCAACCUGGUCAACACCAUGAUGGAGCUGCGCAAGUGCUGUAACCACCCCUACCUCAUCAAAGGGGCGGAGGAGAAGAUCCUGGAGGACUUUCGGGAGGUGUACAGCCCUUGCGCCCCGGACUUCCACCUGCAGGCCAUGGUGCAGUCCGCGGGCAAGCUGGUCCUCAUCGACAAGCUGCUGCCCAAGAUGAAGGCCGGGGGCCACAAGGUGCUCAUCUUCUCCCAGAUGGUGCGCUGCCUGGACAUCCUGGAGGACUUCCUCAUUCAGAGAAGGUAUCUUUAUGAGAGGAUUGAUGGGCGUGUCCGAGGAACCUGCAGGCGACACCGCUUACGAUACCGCUUCCUGCUCUGCACGCGGGCGGGGGGGCUGGGCAUCAACCUGACCGCCGCCGACACCUGCAUCAUCUUCGACUCGGACUGGAACCCGCAGAACGACCUGCAGGUGAGCGCUUCUGUGGCUCCGCCUCCGUGGCUCCGCCCCCGUGACUCCGCCCCCAUGACUCCGCCACCUCCCCCAUUCUAUGAUAGAGAAAACGCCAUCGCUUCCAUCUGUGGAAAUUCACCCAGUGACGUGUACCGGCUGAUCACGCGGAACUCGUACGAGCGGGAGAUGUUCGACCGCGCCAGCCUGAAGCUGGGCCUGGACAAGGCCGUGCUGCAGAGCAUGAGCGGGCGGGAGAGCGGCACGGGCGGGAUCCAGCAGCAGCUCUCCAAGAAGGAGAUCGAGGACCUGCUGCGCAAGGGGGCCUACGGCGCCAUCAUGGACGAGGAGGACGAAGGCUCCAAGUUCUGCGAGGAAGACAUCGACCAGAUCCUGCAGCGCCGCACCAAGACCAUCACCAUCGAGUCCGAGGGCAGGGGCUCCACCUUCGCCAAGGCCAGUUUUGUGUCAUCUGGAAACAGGACGGACAUCUCCCUGGACGACCCCAACUUCUGGGACAAGUGGGCCAAGAAAGCAGAGAUCGACGUGGCAACAGUCAAUGGCAGAAACAGCCUGGUCAUCGACACCCCGCGGGUCCGCAAGCAGACGCGCCCCUUCAGCGCCACCAAGGACGAGCUGGCCGAGCUGUCGGAGGGCGAGAGCGACGGCGGCGGCGACAAGCCCAAACUGCGCCGCCCGCACGAUCGCCUCAGCGGCUACGGACGCACCGAGUGCUUCCGCGUGGAGAAGAACCUGCUGGUGUACGGGUGGGGCCGGUGGAAGGACAUCCUGCUGCACGGCCGGUUCAAGCGGCCGCUGAGCGAGCGCGAUGUGGAGAUGAUCUGCCGGGCCCUGCUGGCCUACUGCCUGGUGCAUUACCGUGGCGACGACAAGAUCAAGAGCUUCAUGUGGGACCUGAUCGCCCCUACAGAGGACGGCCGCACCCGGGAACUGCAGAACCACCUGGGUCUGUCCACCCCUGUCCCCCGGGGGAGGAAGGGGAAGAAGAUGAAGACUCAGGUGAGCUCCUUCGACAUCCACAAGGCCGAGUGGAUCAGGAAGCACAACCCCGAGCACCUGCUUCAGGACGACGGCUACAAGAAGCACCUCAAACACCACUGCAACAAGGUGCUGCUGCGGGUCAGAAUGCUCUACUACCUGAAACAGGAAGUGAUCGGAGACCAGUGCCAGAAUGUUCUAGGCGGAGCGGACUCCAGAGAGGUCGAGGUUUGGGUUCCUGAGCUGGACCACUCCGAACUCCCGGCCCUCUGGUGGGAUGCACAGGCCGACAAGAGUCUCCUGCUGGGAGUGUACAAGCACGGCUAUGAGAAGUACAACACCAUCCGCGCGGACCCCGCCCUCUGCUUCCUAGAGCGCGUGGGGCGUCCCGACGACAAGGCCAUCGCGGCCGAGCAGCGAGCCAACGACUUCAUGGACGGGGACGUGGACGAUCCAGAAUACAAGCCGGCCCCGGCUCUGCUGAAGGAUGAUAUGGAGGAUGACGCCUCCUCUCCAGGGGACCUGGUCAUAACAGACACUGCUGGAGACGGCGGGGUGGCGAUGGAGGGGGACGUGGCGUACUGGCCCCCCCCCUCCGCCCUGACGGCGCGGCUCCGGCGGCUGAUCACCGCCUCGCAGCGCUACACCAAGAGCCGCCAGAUCCAGCACAUCCACCAGACCCAGCAGGCCGUGCUGCCGCAGCCCUGCGCCGCCUCGCCCGCCCUCAACCACUCCCUCAGCCCCAAGAUGGCCGCCAAGAUGGAGCGGCAGCAGAGGUGGACCCGGCGAGAAGAGGCGGACUUCUACCGCGUGGUGUCCACGUUCGGCGUGGUGUUCGACCCCGAGCUGGGCCGCUUCGACUGGACCAAGUUCCGCGCCAUGGCCCGGCUGCACAAGAAGACAGACGAGAGUCUGCGCAAGUACCUGCGCACUUUUACCGCCAUGUGCAGACGAGUCUGCCGCCUGCCGCCCAGAGACGGGGACUCGGUGGACCCAUCCAUCUCCAUCCAGCCAAUCACGGAGGAGCGCGCGUCGCGGACGCUGUACCGCAUCGAGCUGCUGCGGAAGGUGCGGGAGCAGGUGCUGCGCCACGCCCAGCUGUACGAGCGGCUGGCGCUGUGCCAGGCGGGGCCGGACCUGCCCGUGUGGUGGGAGGCGGGCACGCACGACCGGGACCUGCUGAUCGGCGCCGCCAAGCACGGCGUGAGCCGCACGGACUACCACAUCCUGCGCGACCCCGAGCUCUGCUUCAUGAGCGCCCAGCGCAACUACAGCCACGCCAAGGGGGCCCCGCCCCGCCCGGCCCCGCCCCCGCCCCCGCCCCUCCUGCAGCCCCACCACCAGGCCGCGCUGGCGGGCUCCCCCCUGGCCCGGCAGCCCGACGCCAGGGGCCCCCCCCGGGACGAGGAGCGCCGGACGCUGCCCAAAGAGGAGCCGGUUUCGGACCAGGAGGAGCUCGGGGACGGGAGGGCGCAGGCGGAGGGGUGGAGCCCCAGAACGGGCCCCGGGACCCCGACGGGGCCGGACGGCAGACCCGGUUCCGGUAAGGGCCCCAGCGAGAAGCGCAUGGUGGCGGCGCGGACCAAGCCGCUCACGCCCAACUCCGCCACGCAGAAGCAGAGGAAGCCGCGCAAGAGGAGCCGCAAGGAGGCGCGCAGGGCCUCCGACUCCGACGGCUCCUCCUCCUCGUCCUCCUCGCGCUCGUCCUCCUCCUCCUCCUCCUCCUCAUCCUCUUCUUCCUGCUCCCGCUCGGGCUCCAGCUCCUCCUCAUCUUCCUCCUCCUGCUCGUCCGGAUCCUCGUCCUCCUCUUCCUCCUCUUCGUCCGAGGGCAGCGACAGCGAGGGCGAAGAACGAAAGAAAACUGCGACCGCGGUCCCCAGCGUGAAGGCCUUCGACGAGGACAGCGUGGCCUCCCUCAGCACCACGCAGGACGAGACGCAGGACAGCUACCUCACCGAGAACGGCCUGCCCAACUCGCACCACCCCUUCCAGGGAGGCUUCAUGCUCGCUGCCUCCUACUGGCCAAAGGACCGAGUCAUGAUCAACCGGCUGGACAGUAUCUGUCAGGCCGUCCUGAAGGGCCAGUGGCCGGGGGCGCGGCGUGCCUACGAGCCCAGCGUGGUGUCCUCCUUUUACACCACCAAGCUGCGGGACAGCCCCGGCGGGCCGGGGGACGCCCCGGGCCCCCCCGGCCCGGGAGAGGAGCCCCCUGCCUCUCCUCAGAUGUCAAAGGUGAAGAAGCAUGUUCCAGACAAGGAGUUUACAGUGAAAAUCAAUAACGAAGGGGGUUUGAAGCUGACUUUCCAGAAGCAGGGCGUCCCGCAGAAGAGGUCGCUGGAGGGCGAGGAGGGGCCCCUGGGGCAGCCGCAGUACCUGGCCCGUCUGCAGGAGCUCCAGAGCGCCUCGGACGCCGCCGGCCUCGCCGAAUUCUGCCAGCCCCCCGCCCCCGCCGCCGCCGUGGGCCAGGGGUUCCCAGGGCAUAUGAGGGUCAACGGGGUCAUGGACGGCCAGCCCGUGGUGAAGAAGAGACGGGGGAGGAGGAAGAACGUGGAGGGCAUGGACCUCCUGUUCAUGAACAAGACCCGAGUCCCUGUGACGCCAGAGCAGGUGCCCGCAGGGUGGAGUGGCAGUGCCAAGGCCAGCCCUGCCGCGGGCCCCACGCCGGGGUUCGGCCAGGGCCCGGGGCCCGUGGACACGGAGAGCAGGGUCCCCGUCAUCAACCUGAAAGACGGGACGCGGCUCGCCGGAGACGACGCCCCCAAGAGGAAAGACCUGGAACUGUGGCUGAGAGAGCACCCGGGCUUCGUGGCUGACGUUGGGGCCUUCAUCCCCGGGGUCAGCAAGGCCCCGUUUCCGGAAGUCCGGCCCAAGCAGAAGCGGCACCGCUGCAGGAACCCCAACAAGAUGGACGUGAACAGCCUGACGGGCGAGGAGAGGGUGCAGAUCAUCAACAGGAGGAACGCCCGGAAGGUGGGCGGCGCCUUCGCCCCCCCGCUGAAGGAUCUGUGCCGCUUCCUGCAGGAGAACCCGGAGUACGGCGUGCCGCCGGAGUGGGCCGAUGUGGUCAAGCAGUCGGGGUACCUGCCCGAGAGCAUGUUCGACCGCAUCCUGACCGGACCCAUCGUGCCCGAGGAGGUGUGCCGGCGGGGGCGGCGUCCCAAGAGCACGCAGGCCAAGGCGGCGGCGGCAGCGGCGGCGGCGGCCAACGCAGGCUCCGCCCCCCUGGGCCUCAGCCCCCUGCUGGCCAAUGGGCUGCUGUCGGGCAUGGACCUGUCCAGCCUGCAGGCGCUGCAGCAGAACCUGCAGAGCCUGCAGUCCCUGCAGCUGACUGCCGGCCUCAUGGGGCUGCCCGGGGACGCCGGCAGCCUGGCCGCCAUGUUUCCCAUGAUGCUCUCCGGCAUGGCCGGCCUUCCCAACCUGCUGGGCCUGAGCAGCCUGCUGGGGAAGGCCCAGGAGGCGGCCGGGGGCGCCGAGCGCAAGAGGAAGGGACCCCGCGGCAAGGGGGGGGACCGCUCGGCCCCCAGGGCCCCCAGGACCCCCGGCUCGGCCCCCAGGGCCCCCAGGACCCCCGGCUCGGCCCCCAGGGCCCCCAGGACCCCCAGCUCGGACCCCAGGGCCCCCAGGACCCCCAGGACCCCCGGCUCGGACCCCAAAGGCGAAAGGACAGAGGGCGAAAGCGCUGAGCCUCGCGCCGGCGACCCCCCCUCCUCCUCCUCCAGCAUUCCACCAAGUGCUUCUGCCGCGGCCUCCUCGGGCUCCGCCCACCCGGGGGCUCUCAACCCCUUGCUGCUCUCCAGCAUGCUGUACCCAGGGAUGCUGCUGCAGCCCGGCCUCGACCUGCCCGUCUCCCCGCUGCCGCAGCCCGGCGCAUUCGACACGAACGCUGACCCCGCCGCUCCGCCCGCCCCCCGCGUCACGCAGGAGCAGGGGCGGGGCGAGGCGGGGAGGAGGCGCGAGAAGGAGGAGUCCGGGAGCGAGUCCGCGGACCCCAAGGGGAACAGCGGCGCCGAAGGCUCGGACAAAGGGGAGUCCUCUUCGUCGGAGUCGGACAGCUCCUCUUCGUCGUCGUCGGACUCGGACUCCAGCGAUGAAGACUGAGCCCUGUGUAUUCACAGCACUUGCAUUGCGAUUUUUCCCUUAUUUGUAAAUAACAAAAUCAAAGUGUUGUGUAAUAAAGACAAAAAAAAAACCCUAAAAAAUGGAUCUAGAGAAACUGAAAUUAAAUUUCAGUGUUUGUUCAAAAGGUACAAUAUUGUUUUGAUAGAUAAUUUGCAUGUUGAACUUUUAUUAGACUUCGAAAAUUUGUGAACUUGUAUUACACUAUGGUGUACAAUUGCAGCAAAAAAAAAAAAAAAAAAACACAAAAAGGCAUUAUUGUUAUUAUGUUGGGAUUUAAUUUUAUUAAAAAAAAGAGAAUUAACGCUCAUCGCGAGCUGUAUGUUUAAUAUAUUUGGAGUGGAUAAAAAAAACAUCUUUAUAAAUAUUUUGGUUUAAUUUGUAAAUACUUUUACAGGCUCCUUGACCGUUAUGAUUUACAGAUGAAACUUUGGAAAAGUCAGCAAUAACUCAGGCAGCUAUUGAAUGUCACAGAAGCUGUUUAGCCUCAGACCCUCUGGUGGCUGUUCCCGGGGAGCAGUGAGCAGUUUUGGCGCCCGUUCUCAUUGGCUGGUCCCUUGUUGUCCAGCUUCUCCACCCCAGAAAGACGGGGGACAUUCUGGGUGGAGUCAUCGCACCUCACCACAUAGGAAAGUUCCUUAAAAAAAAAAAAAAACCAUGGCUGUACGCAUCACACGCCUGUAUGUAAAUAUAAAUUUAUCUCUAUAUAUACUGUAUAUAUAUAUAUAUAAUAUUAUUAUUUUUCUUCAGAAGUAGAUCUUCUCAACUGAGCUGCACUUUAGUCUCAUAAGUGCUCUUGCACAAGUAUCCAGGUCGGUCCGGAGGCGAGGGUCCGCUCUGUGUGUGUGUGUGGGCGGAGCCUAGCUCGGGGUCGGACUCCGCGCCGAAGGACCAGGAGACUGGACAACAAGCGGCCGCAGAACCCCCCCCCCCGGUGCGCCAAACGCUUGCUCCCAUUCGUGGAAACCCUGCUCAAGAAUAAAUAAAUAAAUAAAAGGAUGAAAUUUAAAAAAUAAAGCAAAGAGGAAAAGCUGUCUUGUGUUGUAGUGCGCUGCUGAUUUGCAUUUCAGAUUCGUGUGUGAGUUGUGAGUUCUGUGAGACUGUGUGUGAAUCCAUCGAGCCCUGGAGAGCCCCAGUGUUUUCCGUUAUUUUUAUUUUUUUUCGUGGUUUCCUCUCAGUCAGCAGCCUGUUAAAAAGGCCCAGAGAACAAGGUGGGUUCCCAGCUAACAACCAAACGUUCUCACAGAACGCUGUUGUGAAAUGCAGCAGCACUGUUGUAACAUUGAAAGAACAUUCCAGUAACAUCGUGAGAACAUUGUGUGUUCGCUGGGUGGAUUCUUCAGCUAAUUGAUGAUUUGGUCACUGUUGCUGAAACGGACCGGAAGCCAGCAGGCACUGGGGCCUUCCAGGACAGGUGUGUCACACACACACACCUGGGGGCUGUUUUAACUGCUCACCUGUGCUGAGAGCAGGUACAGCUUACUGCAGGUUACUUGUAGCUCUGUUGGCUUGGAGGACACGUACACUUGUUUUGUAGUGUGUUGCAUACUCUCUCUCUCUCUGUGCAGACAGUCAUGUCCGCUCCCAUUCACUGUGUCCUUAUGUACACUUUUGUGCUUUCUAUGUUGGGUGGGUCCCCCCUCCCCCUCCCCCGUCUGUCUGUUUCAUUCUUGAGAUUGUUCUGAAUGAGUCAUGUACUGGCAGUCCACCCCCCCCCCCCCACAAAUAGCACACGGAGGCAUCUGAUGUAAUCCAGUCUGUUUGGGGGGGGGGGCUGACCAUUUCCUGAUCCCGCUGACUGGAAAGUCGGGGUGUAACCACGCGCAGAUUCCUUGGUUACUGUCGCCAUCGGAGAUCUGAACCUUGACAUCAGUAGCUUUGUUGGAGUGUAGUCACAGUCAUGAGAGCAAGUGACACACAUUUUACGUGAGAAAGGCCCAUGGUUGGUUAACUGUCAUGAACAUUUUUGGCUGAUUAAAACACGAUGAUGGAUCUGA